AUGCAAAUUCUGAAGGCUCUAGGGUUCCUUUCCCUUCUUCCGCUUGCCUUGACUGUCCCCACAGACACACAUACCCAUCAUCUGCGCGAUGGCCCAGCUAGCGGAAACUAUUCCCAGGCCAUGCUCAAGCCGCAGCAGACGGUCACACGAGAGCUCAUAUCGCUUGAUGGACUCUGGAAAUUUGCCUUGGGGUCCGACGGCAACAGUUCACGACCGUGGACAGGCCCACUGAAAACCAACCUCGAAUGUCCGGUCCCGGCGUCCUACAAUGACAUCUUUGUGGACAGCGAGAUCCAUGAUCAUGUCGGGUGGGCUUACUACCAGCGCGACGUGAUUGUGCCAAAGGGCUGGUCCGAAGAACGAUAUUUUGUGCGCAGCGAAGCUGCCACACAUCACGGCCGGAUCUACGUCAAUGACCAUCUGGUCGCGGAGCAUGUGGGUGGAUAUACGCCAUUUGAGGCGGAUAUCACCGAGCUUGUAACCGCCGGAGAGCAAUUCCGCCUGACAAUAGCUGUCAACAACGAACUCACGUAUGAGACGAUCCCACCUGGCAAAGUGGAAGUUCUUGAAGCGACAGGUAAAAAGGUGCAAACGUAUCAGCAUGACUUUUACAAUUAUGCCGGCCUGGCUCGGUCGGUGUGGUUGUAUUCCGUGCCACCGGAGCACAUCCAGGAUAUCACCGUUCGGACGGAUGUUCAAGGCACCACGGGCUUGAUUGACUACAGUGUUGUGGCCAGUGUGUCAAGCGGAACGAUCCAGAUCGCUGUUCUAGAUGAAGAUGGUACAAAGGUAGCAACAGCGUCUGGAUCGAACGGCACCAUCCAGAUACCAUCCGUCCACCUCUGGCAGCCCGGCGCCGCGUAUCUCUACCAAUUCCACGCCAGCAUCGUAGGCUCUUCCAACAAAACUAUCGAUACAUACAAACUAGCAACGGGAAUCCGCACGGUGAAGGUGGAGGGCACACAGUUCCUCAUUAAUGAUAAACCCUUUUACUUCACUGGGUUCGGCAAACACGAGGACACUGCUAUCCGCGGCAAAGGUCACGAUCAGGCCUACAUGGUGCACGACUUCCAACUUCUACACUGGAUGGGAGCUAAUUCGUUCCGAACCUCGCACUAUCCAUACGCGGAGGAGAUCAUGGAAUAUGCAGAUCGACAGGGCAUCGUUGUGAUCGAUGAAACACCCGCCGUUGGUCUAGCAUUCUCCAUCGGAGCAGGCGCCCGGACAUCCAACCCACCGGCGACGUUUAGCCCAGACCGCAUUAACAACAGGACCCGCGAAGCACACGCCCAGUCUAUUCGCGAGCUUAUCCACCGUGACAAAAACCAUCCCAGCGUGGUGAUGUGGUCUAUCGCGAACGAGCCCGCUUCCAACGAGGACGGCGCCCGCGAAUAUUUCGCUCCUCUGCCGAAGCUGGCUCGACAGCUCGACCCGACGCGCCCUGUCACCUUUGCCAAUGUGGGGCUUGCUAGCUACCAGGCUGACCGUAUUUCAGACCUCUUUGAUGUUCUGUGCCUGAACCGGUAUUUUGGUUGGUACACUCAAACGGCCCAGCUCGACGAGGCCGAAGCCGCGCUGGUGGACGAGCUUCACGGAUGGACUGAGAAGUACGACAAACCCAUUGUCAUGACGGAGUACGGAGCAGACACGGUGGCGGGCUUGCACUCGGUCCUGCCAGUUCUUUGGAGUGAGGAGUUCCAAGUGGAGAUCCUGGAUAUGUAUCAUCGGGUCUUUGAUCGGUUUGAUGCCAUGACAGGUGAACAUGUCUGGAACUUUGCGGACUUUCAGACUGCUGCGGGAGUUGGCCGUGUCGAUGGAAAUAAGAAGGGUGUUUUUACUAGGGAUCGGCGGCCAAAGGCAGCUGCUCAUUUACUGAGGAAAAGGUGGACAAACGUUGUAAAUGGGACGGAUAGCUGA